AUGAUUUCAGAAGAUAACUUGCCAGUUCUCAUUGUUGAUCUCUCGUCUUUCACAUGCGGAGGUGAUCUCGGAUGGCGCAGACGAGCAGCCAAAGAGCUAGCCGAGAAAGAACGGACAAAUGGAAGUGCAGGCAUAUCCGACCAUGGGAUUUCAUCUGACACACUCGAAGAGGCUAUUACAUUGGUUAAAAAGCUUUUCGAUCUUCCAUAUCAUGAUAUAGUGAAAGCGCCCUAUCCAGAUGGUCUCUUUCCACAUAGAGGAUAUUCUGAGAUGGGCCGAGAAAAGGGAGCAGCUAAGACUGCGACAGAAACAUAUAAUGAAUUGGAAGAGGAAACAUAUUUAAAUGCUUCGGACUACAAGACAUGUAGCUACGAAAUUGGCAGUGAGAAGAAUAAACUUCAGCACAGUAUCUGGCUCCCGGAGGAAGUUAUCCCUGGGUUCCGUAAAGAUACCUUGGAUCUUUUCUAG